AUGUCUCAACCUGUUGUAAUUGGCGAUCCUGAGAAGGGCACGAUGGAUCUCGUCCUUCCGGCUGAGCUACCCCCCAUUCAUGCGAAGGAUCUCCACAACAGCUCUUAUAUGAGCGAGAAGUCGAAUGUCACUAGCAGUGUAGUGACGCCCACGCUUCCAUUGAAACAUCAGGAUGACAGGAAGCUAAAGCCACAGCCAAAAAAACGAGCUGGAUGGCGCAUACGUGCUCUCCUAUGGUUCAACACUUAUCGGAAAUUCUUUACCGUCAUCGUGACAUUGAACGGGGUCGGUAUACUUCUUGCUGCCCUUGAUAUAUGGCAUUAUCCACGAAAAUACACUAGUGCACUCGUGCUCGGGAACCUUCUAACCGCUAUCCUGAUGAGAAAUGAACUCUUUGGUCGUCUCUUAUAUCUAAUGGUCAACACUCUAUUCGCCAAGUGGACACCACUUUGGUUCCGCCUUGGUUGCACAUCAGCCCUCCAACAUCUUGGCGGCAUUCACUCUGGUUGCGCGACUUCUGGAUUUGCAUGGCUCAUUUUCCGCGUUACUCUCAUAUUCAUUAACCACAAAAAUAACCACGAUGCCAUUCUCGUCACGGGUGUCGUCACCAAUAUCGCUGUCGCAAUCAGCAUCGCGAGCGCUUUCCCAUGGGUACGCAACACGCACCACAAUGUAUUCGAGAGACAUCACAGGUUCAUCGGAUGGCUUGGUCUACUGUCGACUUGGGUGUUUGUCGUCCUUGGAGACAGCUAUGACCUCACUACCCACUCUUGGAACCCAGACGGCGCUACCAUUCUGCGACACCAAGAUUUUUGGUUCGCGUUCGGGAUGACUGUAUUUAUAUUGAUCCCAUGGUUCACCGUUCGUGAAGUCGAAGUCGACGUCGAAGUGCCUUCGCCCAAAGUAGCCAUUCUGAGAUUCAAGCGGGGCAUGCAGCAAGGGCUCCUCGCACGGAUCUCACGGUCGUCCAUAAUGGAAUACCAUGCCUUCGGUAUCAUAUCCGAGGGCACACAUGCCAAGUAUCAUUAUUUGAUAUGUGGGGUCCAAGGAGACUUUACACGGAGCCUCGUCACCAACCCUCCUACCCAUAUCUGGACACGACAGCUAAAAUUCGCUGGCGUGUCAAAUACUUCCGCCCUCUACCACAGAGGUAUACGCGUUUGCACAGGCACAGGGCUUGGAGCUGCGCUUUCAACUUGCCUGCAGAGCCCGAACUGGUAUUUGAUAUGGAUUGGUUCAGACCAGGAGAAAACUUUCGGGCCCACCAUCUCAGGCCUGAUUCACCGCCAUAUCGGCCCCGAACGCAUGUGUCUGUGGGAUUCUAAACAGCGAGGCGGUCGACCAGAUGUGAUGAAAUUAGUGAAAGAAACUUAUGCGUCAUGGGGGGCGGAAGUUGUCUUUAUCACAUCAAACUAUCAGGGGAACACAGAGAUCAUGGAAGGGUGCAAGGAGGCGGGGAUUCCCGCGUUCGGUACACUGUGGGAUUUCUGA